AUAACAGGGUAGACCUGAUUCAAAACAUCCAGCAGCACUGAAUAUAAAGGGCUGGGGGUGGGAGCCUAGUUGUGUGCACUUGCUAGCAUGUAAGAUGCCUUGGGUUCAGUGCUCAAUAUAGCAAAAAUAACACACCACUGUCACCAAAAGGCCCAGAAGGAUUUGGAAGACUGCAGGCAUGUCUCAGGAAAACAUGAAAGUCUGAGACUGCUUCCUAGUACAGGAAAUUUCUGUCAUUUUUCCUCAAGUCCCAUUCUUGGCCCUGAACCCUCAUUUGAAGUUAAACAGGUAGAAUUGAGGCCUCUCAGGUACUUUCAUAUUUGUGGACCUGAGGGAGGAGCUAGAGUUCCUCUCAAGGACAGAGAAGUCAGGCUGCUUAAACACAGGUCCUUUUGGAGCUCCCCUCACACAAGAUUUCCAGGAUCAAUGUGCCUACAGCCCUGAAGUCAAUUGUGCUACAGCUUUGAACACUCUUCUGCCUUCUCAGUAUGGUCUGUACCUAGGGGUCAGCACCUCCCCACAACUGAAGUAGAAUAUUUUACCAAAGAACCUUUCUGCAAAUCCAUUGUACAAAACCUUUAGGGAUUGAUUUUCCAAAGUAAUUUCUUUAAGAAAAUUAUCAUCACUUACUACUUUUAGGAUGUUUAGAAAGGAAAGGACAAAAACAGUUUCAUGCCAGUGUAACUGUAGCAGUAAAACUGAGUCUGCAGUAGCCAGGAGCUCAGGAGAAGAAAGGAAAUUUUACUGACUGCUGGCAGUCCCCAGAGGAGUAAUCUCCACAGUCGAAGGCACUGAUUAUGAAGAGUUUGUCCUUUUUAUAGUGUGGCAAGCAGGAGUUGCAAAAAAAGCUAGGUAAGUAUAACUGUAGGCCAUAGUACAAUGCAUAUCCUGGGGUGACCACAGUUUUUAUGUGACAUAGUUGUUUUUAGCACAUUUACAGAAGUUUCAAUUGGAUGACAAGUCAUGUGACUUAGCUGAGUUCAGGGGCAGAGAACAGACUGGCUGCAGUGAGAUCAGGACUUCUUCAGCACUUAAACUUGGGGAGUCUUGAUUAAGAAAUUGGGGAGUGUUUGUUUUAAAAAGUGGAGAAUCUGGUUGCUUUCUGGGAAAGGAUCUCAACUUUUCCCACAGAAUGACUUCAGUGUAAUUUAAACAAAACCAAAGAUGCUUCAAACUUUAAACAAUCUAGUUUCCCACAAAAUUUGAGAAAAGGAAGUCAGUAGAGUUUAGAAAUCAGAUUUUUAAAAAACCAUUAUUAUGUGCCCCACCUAAUGCAAGGGAGGAGAGGUAAGAAGAUGAAUCGAGUCUCUUCUUGAGUUUCCCAUGCCUAGGUUGUGUCAGGUAAAAGACAAGUAGUACAUGGAUGAAGAACAACUGUGAAUGGAGUCAGUUUAUAAUAGUGUUUCAAGAAAACUAUUUAACAGGAGGAUUUUAACAUUAUAAGAGUCUUCCCAUGUGUGCUGUGAAAAAGGGCACUGUCACAUGUAGAUGGUAGUGUUGAGGCAUGGAAGGGUAGGGAGAGUUCUCACAUGUUAAUGUAAAGAACUGACUCAAAUCCUUUCUCUCAGAUCCAAUUGCUCACCUCCAAAACCCCUCCUGCAAGCACGAUGCAUCAUCACAAUGUAUAUGCAGCCCCAGCCUAACAGAGGGAAAUGAAUCAUCAAACAUGGCACUGGAUGGAGAAUAGAGCAAAUGACAACACUGUGGAAUAAACCACCAUAUUGUGUAUUCUCCUGUCUGCUGCCCUAACUAGUCCCCAUUCUGGAGGUCAGCUGGAUUCCUUAGAACCUGUAUACCUAAAGGAGGAAGGAGUUCUCCUGGAUUGUGGCUUGGAGAAAGAAAAGGUUAGGUUGCUGGACUGGGUUACUAUUUCUGAGUGUACAGAGGCCCAGCCCUGUGACCUCCAUGGGAAGCUCUGUCCUACCCCAACCCAAAGGGCUGCUGAAAACACAGGGCUACCCAGGUCUGAGGCCCAAAUCCUACCUUGAUAUGGGGAGUAGCCCUGCAGGGCCCUGCUGUUACCUCUGCUGGAAGCAGGGACUUGGGCAUUGUUGUGCCCCAAAAAUGAGACCCCGAGCUCUUGUCCAAAAAAAAUGGGGCAAAGUGUCUUUUACAAAGAAAAAGCGCUUUAUUUCAGCUGGCACCAAUGACACAGUGCAGCUGGAGUUUGCAAAGCUGUGUAACUGGGUUAAAAUUUUGACAGACUUUUAUAGAAAAUAAACCGCAAAGUAAAUAAUGAUGGGAGGAGAGCAGGAAUGCGGAAGGCCUUUGUUCCCCUUUGCCUGAGGUCAGAGACAUUUCACAGUUGGUGGUUAACCCGUUCCUUCCUUACGGGAAUUUACAGCCCUUGGUCUACUAAUUCCAGGAACAUUUGUGUCUCACAAAGGGAACAAAGGUUGAUACAUCAAACAGGUUACUCGAGUGACAACGCAUACAGAACAGUAUGGUGGCGUUUCAGUUAAUUUAUAACAAUGUGGUCAGUGCUCCAGCGUGGCUGGCUGCAGAAAACAGCUGUGUUUGCAAAGGGAGUUACUAGGGUGACAAGCAUAGCACAGGAUGGAAAAGCUCUUUUUGCUAGUGCACAACAGGCAUGGUCACUGUAGCCAGACUUCUUGGGGCCAUGGUAAGCCCCUCUGAGCCAGAACCUACCUGCUUCUUAAACAAUGAUGUCACAAGUGGUGGGGUAGGGCACAAUGUACAUGGUUGCCAAGGCACUGGCAGCAAGUGGCCAGCAGAAACAUUUCAGCAAGUGUUUUUGCUGGAAGCAACUGGCCUAGGUCUUGUUGACCAAGCCUUAUUGUAUGAUGUUUAUAUUGCGCUUUGGGGCACCAAGGUUCAUGUUUUGGCCACAGUUGUGGCUACUUGUCCUGGUAGCCCCACAUCCCGAGUGGGCUCAAUUCCCAGCCCAGAUGGAAGCUGAGCUCUUUGACCAUAGCUACUUAUCUUUUCCUAACAAGCUCCUUUACUCGUCUCAUCCACUCUACACCUUUGCUACUCGAGCAGAGUCAGGGGAAAUGGAUUACCCAGGAACCUCUGCACCUGAGAAGAUUUUACUUACACCUGAGGAGUCGACUGAAGAGUCACUGCCGGAUCCAGAUAAGUUUGCUGUUCCACAUCAGGGUCUGCAUGACAAGCUGGUUGGGCCACAGAGGCUCCCAGAGGUGGAUUCAAUGGUAGAUGGGCAUGAGAAUGAACACCUAGCUCUGCCUUCUCAAGUCAGAAGAAAGGAGGAGACUUCUGCUUCAGAGCAGGCUGCAGACCACCAGUCACAUGUACUGCGUCUACUACUAGGGAACAAGAGUUCAACACCAUCAAAGUUUGUUUCACUCCUGAAACUGAAGGAUAUAGCUCAGCACUGGCAACUUGCUAAGGAGGUUUUUGGAGCUGCUCAUCAAUCAGAAUAUCCUCAGCAUCAGAAACAAACCUUGCAGGAUGAUACUGUGGAUCUGAGUACGGAUAAAGCUGAUCACAAAAGCCUACACCUGGGAUAUCUGCUGAAGCCAGAUCAACCUACACAGCCCUGUGAGCACAAGGAAUCAUCACAAUACCAGCUGGAGGCCCAGACUAAAAAUCCAGAGGCUCCACAAAUCCAGUCCUCUCUACCUGAGGGAGAAGACCCUUAUCGAGACUCACAGCCUGCUGAACAGGUUGUACCUUCUUUAAUCCUACACCAAGAGAAGCUAUUUAGUGAGGAGGGUUUACAUCGGCUGUCAGAGAAUCCGGAGAUCAAUGUUCCAUCUCUAAGGGGCAGUGCAACUCAUCUCUCACGUUUGACAAAUUCCAUCCUGAGACCUGGGGAGAUACCCAAGGAACCAUCUCCAAUACUGUACUCAGCCUCUGAAAAGACACAAGGGCCAACAGUGAAUGAGCUGCCAGUUCCAAUGCUUGGUCAGUAUUCAACUCAGCAUCCCACAUUAUCACCUGUCACAACCCCACCGCUAGACAUGUGGCUUAGCACAAGUGAUAAACUCACUACAGAGCCUGCACAUUCUGUGGGCCUGCAGGAGGUUACACCUUCUCCUCUGAAGCAUCCUGAGGUGACACUCACACACCACAGGAAGGUGGAGGCUCAACAACCCAAGUUGACUCCUGUCAACAUUCAGGCUUGGAAUGUAGAACAUACGAGAACUUCUCCACCUACUUCAGGGUUUCUCCUUUCACCAACAUUGUCAGAAACCCCAUUCCAGCCUCCAGCACCAUUGCUGGAGGCUUUAGGUCAACGUAGAGAAUCAUCUUACAGAAUAACUCCUACACUGCUGGCUCUAGGUCCAGCUCAGCCUCCAACAUUGCCCACUGUCAUGGUACAAAAACUGGAUACAGGCCCUACCCUAUAUCCUGAACUUACUGCAGAGGCUGAACAUCCCACAGCCGUGCAGGAGGUCACAGUUCCUCCUCACAAGAACCCUGAUGUGGCCCUUGCACAUCCAGACCAGAUGCACACGCAGCAUCCAAGUCUCACUCCCGUGAUAUUUAAACUUUCGGAUGUGGAACGUUCCCUGCCUCCACCACCUGUUGCAGGAAGUCAAUUUCCUUCAACAAGGCCUGAGAGCCCCUCUCAGCCUCCAGAGCCAUUUAUGAAGGCUGGAGAUCAACACAUGGUACCAGCUCAAAUGACAAAUCCAACAGCACCAGGGCAGGAUACAGCUCAGAGUCCAACAUUGCACAGUGCAGUGGUACAACCAAUGGAUAUGGCUCUUAUCAUGAAUGCAAAAGCCAUUAAAAAUGAUGAACAUUCUGUGGGCCCACAGGAGGUCACAGCUUCUCUUCUGAAGCAUCCCGAGGUGACACUUGCACACCCUAGGAAGGUGGAGGCUCCACAACCCAACCUGACUCCUGUCAACAUUCAGGCUUGGAGGGUAGAACAUAGUAGACCUUCUCCACCUACUUCCAAGGUUCUCCAUUCACCACCUUUGCCAGAGAACCCAUCUCAGCCUCCAACACCAUUUAUGGAGGCUUUAGGUCCAGACAGAGUAACACCUCACAGAACAACUGCAGCACCACUGGGUCAGGGUCCAGUUCAGCCUCCAACCUUGCCCAGUGGCACAGUCCAAACAAUGGCUCUUAUGAGAGAAAAAGCCAUUAAAGAGGCUGGACAUUUUGUGGCCCCAGAGGAGGGUACAGUUGCUUCUCUGAAGGAUCGUGAUGUAAGAUUCCCACCUUCAAGGCAGGUAGAGUCUCAGGGACCAACUGUGUUUCCUGCAAUCAUUCAGCCUGUGAAACUGGACCAUCCAAUACCUCCAUCUACUUCAGGGACGCAACUCACACCCAAUUUGCCGGAGAACCCCUCUCAGCCUGCAGAGCCAUCAUUAAAGGGUGUAGAUCAGAACACAAUACCACUUGAAAUGAUAAAUCCCAAACCACCGGGUCAGAUUCCAGCUCAGCCUCACAUGUUGACCAGUGUCAUGGGGCAACCACUGGACAUGGGCCGUAUCCUACAUCCUGAAGUUACAAUGGAGGUGGAACAUUCCACGACCCUGCUAGAGGAUACAGCUCCUCAGAAGAAACCAGAGAUGACCCUUGCACAGCCAGACCAGGUGCAAGCUCGGCAACCAAACCUGACAAGCAGCAUGGUUCAGUUGUUGCAUGUGGAACAUUCCAUAACUCAACCACCUGCUACUGAAACUAAACUUCCUUCAGUGAUGCAGGUGAACCCCUCUCAGCCUCCAGAACCGUCUAUGAAGGCUGUCAAUCAACACGUGGUACCACUUCAAACAAGAAAUCCAACACCACUGGGUCAGGAUACAGCUAAGAGCCCAACAUUCCCCACUGAUGUGGUACACACAAUGUAUAUGAAUCUUAUCAUGACUUCAAAAGGGAUUGCAGAGGCUGAACAUUCUGUGACUCUGCCGGAGAUUGAAGCUUCUCCUCAGCAGCAUCCUGAGGUGACCCUUGCACAUCCAGACCAAGUGCAGGCUCAGCAACCAAACCUGACACCCAUCACGGUUCAACCUUUGGAUGUGGAACAGAACACUAACCAUUAUUCUGCACAAAUGGUGCAGGAUGCCACCAGCACUAGCAACAUAUGUGAGCUCUGCACCUGUGACAAUGACACCCUGUCAUGUACGGGUCUCAGCCCGAAGCAAAGGCUGCGCCAAGUACCUGUCGUAGAGGUCAACUCCUUCACAGUCUUGGAUUUCCAAGGAAACUCUAUUUAUAGUAUACAAAAAGGGGCAUGGAAAACCUACCAUUGGGCUGAGAAACUAAAUCUCAGUGAAAAUUACAUCACCGAACUACGUAAGGAUUCCUUUGAAGGCCUGCUAUCCCUCAGAUAUUUAGAUUUAUCCUGCAAUAAAAUACAGUUUAUUGAAAGAGAAACAUUUGAAGCACUACCCUUUUUGCAGUUCUUGAUCUUACCGAGCAAUAUGGUCUGCUGCCUCUGCCAGUUUAAAAAUGAUAUUGAAGUUGUCGACAAGACAGUCAAGCUGCACUGUGAUAGCACCUGUCUGACCAAUGCCAUGCAGUGUCUGGGAGACACAUCCAUAGUGAUCUCCCAAGAAUCCUUCAUGAAAGUGUUACAAGCCCGGAAGGGGAGCACCAGCACCCAGCUGAAUAUUGAAUCUGAAAUGUCAUCUUCAGAGGAAAGUGUGACCAACCCAGUGGGCUUUACAAAAGAGCAGCUCGAUAUGAAUGAUGAAAGUGACAUCAUCAGUGCACUAAACUACAUACUGCCUUAUUUCUCCAAGGAAAAUCUAGAAGGCAUAGAGGCAACAUUAUUACCAUUCAUUCAGCUGCUUUUUUCAAAAGUCCAAGAGGACGCUAAUCCCUUAGGUGACUUGAACCACAACAGGAGAAACUCUUUUCAACCUGCACGCAACAAUUUACGUUUCACAAAUAAGAUGAAGAAGCUGUAUCUUCUUCAAAAAUUGCUGGAGGAAGGUAACCAGGAAAAAAACAAUGAGGUAAAAAAGGAAGAGAAAAUUCCUAUGCUGCUACAGCCUAGCCAUUUUCUUCCCAAAUUCAGAGGCCAAAUCUUUCAAAAAAAAUCGGAAAAUGCUGAAGCACCAGAAAACAGCCUGGCAGCAGUUGGGCAUGGAAGGAAAACACUUCAGAGAGUAAAGAGAGAACUUGCGGAGAACACAAGAAAAGCUGUGUCUUCUUCAGAAAAUGGCAUUUUUAUUUUAGAGCAUGCAAACUCUAUAGUUAAAACCAUGGGGGGGAAUAAGCCAAUCAUGCAUUCUGGAAAAGUUCACCGUUUUCACAAAAUUCACUCACGUGUGGCCCACAGAACACAGGAGACCAAGCUGAGUGAAAACCUGAGAAAGGAAAGCACACGCAGUACACUACUGCUUGCAAAGAGGCCUCCAUUCCCAGCAGUGAAGAGUCACACCAGCUCCCCUUCACAACAGGUGCUCUCACCUUCAAGAGACCCGAGUAUUCGGGAGAAUCCUGUGUCAGAAUUAUAUGUGCCUUUAGAGCCUUCAGUAGAAAGCACCUCUGUAGAAAACCCUGCUACAGAUGAAGAUUUUCAAGGAGUGGAUUUUGGAGGGUAUGUUAGUGUGCCAGAAAGAUCUGUAUCUGAAAAAACUCAGAAGGAUCCUUUGGCCAAAGAGUCUGCUGCGACUACACCCGACCUCACACCAGCUGUGAGGCAGGCCAGGGAGGCACGAUGGCAACAACCCAACACGGGGACUGACUCACUCCCCAGGGACUUCACCUCCACACUGCUGUCAGGUGAUCAGUUUGAAACUUACCGAGACCAGCAGCUGGGGCUCCUCAUCCCCAACAAUAACAUCAGAAGGCUGAUUUCUCAGGUCAGCAGGAUCGUAAAAAUGGUCUGCUCUGAGGCCCACAUGCAGCUGGCCUGUGCCAAGCUCAUCUCUAGGACGGGCCUCCUGAUGAAGCUACUCAGUGAAGAGCAAAAAGUCCAUGUGGCCAAGGCCCUGUGGGAUGCAGAGGAUCAGAAGAGUGAGAAGGACACCACUGAGAACACAGCAGAGAGCGACCACAAGGACCAGAAGUCAAGAGAGCUUACAAAAGUUCCACAACGUGACUAUUACAAACUGAUCUUGCCAUUAUCUUUCAUGGGAGUGAUGAUUUUGAUGGUAAUUUUCUGCCUAAUCAAGAUGCGUUGUCAUAGAAGAGCUUUACCAGACGUUGAAAAGGCCUCAAGGUAAAUAUGAGUCUGCCGAUUUUUAUUUAUUUAUUUUUUAUGUAUUUACUUUUUGUCUUUUUGAGAUAGGGUCUCACUGUGCAGUUCAGACUUGAGCUCACUUUGUAGCCCAGGCUGGUCUCAAACUUGCAACCAUCACCCUGCCUCGCCUCCCCAGUGAUGGGAUUACAGGCAUGCAUCACCAUGCUCAGUUAGAGGACCUUUAAAUGAGAAACUCAUUACUAGCACUGGAGGAAAACCUAGAACUCAGCUAUUUAAAUCCCUGGAUCUCUCAGAGCAGAGCCCACCUGGAGCAGAAUAACCCUUCAUUCCUGAGGUCUCAUGUGGCUCCAAAGAAGCUGAGAUGGGCCGGACAAGUAGGGAGGGACCUGCUGUCACCAGGCAUCCCAUACUGAGGGUAGAGGUGGCAGGUUGGGGUAGGCCUACUUCUGUGGUGGAGAGGCCUUUUGGGACUGCACAGGAAGCCCAGGUGCUAGGCAGGAGCUGGUGCAAGAUGGAGUCCCUCCAUCCUUCCUUGGAGGGGCGGAAGCUCAUCUUCUCAUGCUUCCGCUUCCCUUGUGAGCCUCCUCAGUUCUUUUACUCAAAAUAACAGUGUGCGUCCAGGCUGGGCCAGGUGCAGAGGUCUCCCCCAGAGACCUCCUGAGGCCCUUGGUAACAGAUGGAGCCUCAGAAAGUCCAGCAUUGUGGAACUGUUUGCAAAACUCCAGGCCUAGUUUGAACUUGCCUAUUUUGAGCAUGGGGCAAGGUACAGGUUUUGUCCUAAAGAGACCUGAAGUGGGCAUGCAGACUGAGACAUGACAAUGCAAAUCACUCACUAAUUGUCUUGCACGUAUGUUUUCCCACAAGGGGCUUUUCUCCACAUUGGCAUGGAAGCUGCAAAGCAGAACAAAUGAAAGAGGUAAACUGGAGAAGUGCUCAAUGCUGGGGUGGAAGGGGCAGGGGAAAGCAGAGGUCCUAAGUCCCUUUCUGUUUUACAGAAGGCUGGUACUAGGUUUUAUAGCCUACUUUUGCUCAGGGAUAUAUACAGACCCAUCAGUACCUCCCUGUCUUAGUUACUUUAUGCUCGUGGCUGAGACAAAAUACCUGAUGCCCAAGUUGGGAAAGGAAAAGUUUAUUUCUUACAGUUUUUGGAGGUUUCAGUCCACACUCAGUUGGAUCCAAGACAGGCAAGCAUGGCUGGGCUGCAGUUCAUGGCGGCCGCCUACAGCAAACUCGAACCAGCAAAGAGAAAGACACACUUUCUUCCUGCCAUUACAUCACAUCCUGGCUCCACCCCAUGUGGAUGGAGCACUGACACCAUCAAUCCAAGCACUAUACAAUGAACCAUCACAAAUGAACAAUGCAAACUCAUGAGGCCUGGGGGACACAAACAUAAACCAUAACACUCCCAAAUGAGAAGAAUGGAAGCCAAGCUACAUGAUGAAUCCUCUGAGGAGGAUGAGAUUUUCACAAA